AUGGGCAGCGCAGCAAUGUCCUUCACGGCUCGAGAUAGUGCAGAGAGAUGGAGAGGCGGCGACGAGGACGGGCAGCGCGCGGCAAUGGGGAGAUGGAGGGGUGGCGGCGGCAGUAAGGGAGGCAACGAGAUAGGGGAGAUGGAGAUGGAGUCAGGGAGGACUAGCACAUGGCGACGGGCGCGACGGGGGGCGCAGUGGGUGGGAGCGAGAGGCGGGCCGCCCCUCGCCGAUCACUCACCACCGCAAACACUCUGCGGCUCCCCUUGGCGGCCACGAAGGACGACGCGGGAGUCGCCUCCCUCGUCGGUCGGCUCGAACACGACGUUGCGAACGCCCCGUACCACCGCGACGACGUUCUGGGAAGAAGAAGAAGAAGAAGAAGAAGAAGAGGAGGAGGAGGAGGAGGAAGACAAUGAUGACGCUCGGCGCCGCGGCGCGGGGAAGCACCACGACGACCACCAGCUGCGCACGCGGUGGCGCGAGAUCCACGGGUGCAACGACUGGGCGGGUCUCCUGGACCCCAUGGACCCGCUGCUGCGGUCGGAGCUGAUCCGGUACGGCGAGCUGGCGCAGGCCUGCUACGACGCCUUCGACUACGACCCGUCCUCCCGGUACUGCGGCAGCUGCAAAUACCCGCGCCGCGAGCUGUUCUCGCGGCUGGGCAUGGCCGACGCGGCGCGCGGGUACGUGGUGUCCCGGUACCUGUUCGCGACGUCCAACAUCCGGUUCCCCAACUUCUUCCCGCAGUCCCGCGCGGGCGCCCGGAUCUGGAGCCAGAGCGCCAACUGGAUCGGGUACGUGGCCGUGUCUACCGACGAGGAGAGCGCGGUGCUGGGGCGGCGCGACAUCGCCAUCGCGUGGCGCGGCACGGUGACGCGCCUGGAGUGGGUGUCGGACCUCAUGGACUUCCUCCGCCCCGUGGCGGAGGAAGGCAUCCCGUGCGACGACCCGGAGGUGAAGGUGCUGGCGGGCUUCGUGGACCUGUACACGGACAGGGACCCGGGCUGCCGGUUCUGCAAGUACUCGGCGCGCGAGCAGGUGCUGACGGAGGUCCGCCGGCUAGUGGGGCGAUACACCGCGGCGGGCGAGGACGUGAGCAUCACGGUCACCGGGCACAGCCUCGGCAGCGCGCUCGCCACGCUCAGCGCCUACGACAUCGCGGAGACCGGCGCGAACGUGGGAGUGGCCGGCGGCGGCGAGGAGAAGACGGCGGUGGCGCCCGUGUGCGUGUACUCGUUCGGGGGCCCGCGGGUGGGCAACGCGACGUUCAAGCGGCGGUUCGAGUCGGAGCUCGGGGUGAAGGCGCUGCGGGUGGUGAACGUGCACGACAACGUGACGCGGAUGCCGGGGAUCCUGCUGAACGAGGGCGCGCCCGAGGUGGUGCGGCGCGUGGCGGAAGGACUGCUGCGGCUGCCCUGGUGCUACGCCCACGUCGGCGUGGAGCUGCCGCUCGACCACAAGCGCUCGCCGUUCCUCAAGGACACGCUGGAUCCAGCGUGCUACCACGACCUGGAGGCGCACCUCCAUCUCAUCGACGGGUACCACGGGCGCGGUGAGCGGUUCGUGCUGGCGAGCGGGCGCGACCCGGCGCUGGUGAACAAGGCGUGCGACUUCCUCAAGGACCACCACGGCGUGCCCCCCUGCUGGCGCCAGGACCACAACAAAGGCAUGGUCCGCGGCCGCGACGGCCGGUGGGUCCAGCCCGACCGCCACGGCUGCCACCUGGACGACCACGACGACCAUCACCACCACGACGGUCACCACCAUCACAGCAAGCACGGCGCCGGGGGCGCCCGUCUCCACCACCGUCACGGCAAGGACACGCAGUCUCAUCAUAUGCCAAAGCAUGAACCUUGA